UAAAAAGAUCCGUUUUCGUCUUUACACAUCAAGAUGGAAAUGACUAGGCUUGACGUCCCAGAUAUGCACGCAUGCGGAUUUCACGAAGCUCUUCGCUGUUCUCUACACAAUUUCCCCCUUCUUGGUUAAUCCGAACAUUCUUCUCCACUCGUGGUGUUGGAUCUAGCUCUCAACACAGUGCGUUUCAUUGCACAUUAUCCGACAAGGCAUACCAUCAAGCCUACCAGAAGCAUGGCUUCGCCAGAGGGCAACAGCAAUGGUGGCGGAGCUGCAACGGAGCAGAGAGUGAAGUAUCCCUCUUCAACAUCAAACUCUAAAGUCGAUAGAUUUCACGAGAUUGUUCACGCUGAUCUCACCGAUGGCUGGGAGAAGUGCUGGGAAGAGAAACUAACACCGUGGGAUUUGGGACAGCCUACUCCAGUUCUUGUUCAUCUCCACAGGGCAGGUGCCCUUCCUAAAGGCAGGGCUUUAGUCCCUGGUUGUGGCAGUGGUCAUGAUGUGGUGGCCAUUGCAUGCCCUGAUCGCUAUGUUGUUGGAUUAGAUGUAUCAGAAAGUGCAAUUACAACAGCUAUGGAGCUGUCUUUGUCGUCUCCAAAUGCAGACUGUUUUGCUUUCCUGAAGGCAGAUUUCUUUAAUUGGCAUCCUGUUGAGUUGUUUGACCUCGUUUUUGACUACACGUUCUUUUGUGCCAUUGAACCAGAUAUGAGAAGAGCUUGGGCCGGCAAAGUACUUGAAGUUCUAAAACCAGACGCGGAGCUCAUAACACUGAUAUUUCCGAUCAGUGAUCAUGAGGGAGGGCCACCCUAUAAAGUAUCUGUCGCUGAUUAUGAAGAAGUUCUCCAUCCACUGGGAUUCAAAGCAGUUUAUCUUUCAGACAACGAUCUUGCUAUUGCACCUCGCAAAGGAAGGGAGAAGCUGGCGAGGUGGAAAAGGUCUAUCAGCCAAUCAUCCCUAUGAGAUUUUUUUUGAAUAUUCUUCUAAACCUAUUAUAGUAUCUACUUAUGUUAAUGAUAACAUCCUCGAUUGGGAUGAUAUUCGAAUCUGCAAUCUUCUUUUUGGGAGAUCAGCACUGAUGUCAUCGGACCACAAGGAUGCUUUGGCCCAAUUAAUGAAGCUGGUAAGGGAAGAGGUUAAGGAGGGUUGCUUGUUGAAGGAUUGCCUGCAGGCUGGUGGCAGCGAUUUGAAAGGAUUAAUCCACAACAUCAAGAGAAUAGAGAAAUUCAGUCCCAUGCCGCUCUUUUUUAUUUGUGAAUCGAUGUUCUUUUGAUCCCAAGAAGAUUUACGUUAAUGCUCUGUUUUUAUUUUGCUCCCUCAUUGAUCGAUUGAUGAAGCGGCUCCUGUUCUGUGAUCAAUAAAAUGAUGUCGUUUUGGGAUCGGCACACCGUGCACCGCUCCUAGAUUAAUCAUCGACGUUCCUGGAAAUCCUUUUUCGAUCAAUACACUCUAAGAUUGCACUUGUUCAUCUACUUUAUCAGUCAAGGUUAAGGCCAAGAAGAUUACACUCUAUUUAUGUGGAUGAUUUAUCCAAUUAGUUUAACAUAAACGACUAGUUUGAUGUGAUUCAAGUUAAACAAGACUUAUUUCCUAUUAUACAUAUUUAUUCUCUA